CCUUGCGCCCCUGAGAAUGGCUCUGGGUGACUAUGAAGAAAUUCUCAAGUACUAUGAACUGCAUGAGACCAUUGGAACAGGAGGGUUUGCCAAGGUCAAGCUUGCAAGACAUCAUCUCACAGGUGAAAAAGUGGCAAUCAAAAUCAUGGACAAAAUUGCCCUAGGGGACGACCUGCCCCGUGUGAAGGUGGAGAUUGAUGCCAUGAAGAACCUGAGCCACCAGCACAUCUGCCAGCUCUAUCAUGUGGUAGAGACAAGAAAGAAGAUAUUCAUGGUCCUGGAGUACUGCCCUGGGGGAGAGCUGUUUGACUACAUCAUCUCCAAGGACCGGCUGUCGGAGCAGGAGACUCGCAGCUUCUUCCGACAGAUCGUCUCGGCCAUGGCCUACAUCCACAGCCAGGGCUAUGCCCACAGGGACCUCAAGCCAGAAAAUCUGCUGAUUGAUGGGAACCAUAACCUGAAGCUGAUAGACUUUGGACUUUGUGCAAAGCCCAAGGGUGGCCUUGAUUACUGCCUGAGCACCUGCUGUGGGAGCCCAGCCUAUGCAGCACCAGAGCUGAUCCAGGGCAAAGCUUACAUUGGCUCUGAGGCAGAUAUCUGGAGCAUGGGAGUGCUGCUGUAUGCUCUGCUGUGUGGCUUCCUGCCCUUUGAUGAUGACAAUGUCAUGGGGGUGUUCAGGAAGAUCAUGAAAGGAAAAUACAGUGUCCCAAAGUGGCUGUCUCCAAGCAGUGCUCUGCUGCUCAGCCAGAUGUUGCAGGUGGACCCCAAGAAGAGGAUCACAGUCAAUAAUCUCCUGAGCCACCCCUGGCUGAUGCAAGGUUAUUCUGAUGCUGUUCAGUGGCAGAGCAAGUGCACACUGGCACACCUUGAUGAAGACUGUGUGGCAGAGCUCUCUGUGUUCCAUCAGCAGAGCAGGGAGAGCAUGCUGGAGCUGAUCUCCCAGUGGAAAUAUGACCAAAUCUCAGCCACCUACCUCUUGCUCCACUCCAAGAAGGGUCGUGGCAAAGGAGUUUCCUUGAGGGUUCCUCCACCUCUGAAGGGCCAUGGCAGCACCACACCACCUGCAGCCCUCAAGCCUGACCAAGCUGUGACCCAGAGAGAGAUGCCAGGCUGCAGUCAGCUGCCAACUGUGUUUGGGUCCAUGGAGUUUCCUGCUGCAUCUUCUGCACCUGAGGAGUCUCCACCAGAAAGAUUAAUCCUAAAAGCUCACAAGAAAAAGCAGCCCUCAAGCCAUGCUGCUGAGCUGGAGGACAGGGAACUCCCACCAUCCACUCCAGUCACCAGAAAAGUGUCCUCCAAGCAGGAUGAGAACAAAGAGAACAAUCGCACGCAGCCAGCUGGGAGGAAGAGGCAGCAGCUGGAGGCACAAGUGCCAAACACUCCCUUCCAGCGCUGCACAGGGCUGGCCUUCCUGUUCAGCAUCUUCACCAAUGACCCUGGUGAGGGGACAGAGAGCCUGCUCAGCAGGAGCCUUGCAGUGGAUUCAGACCUCCACCCAGCUCAGGUGGGCAGCAGCCAGAGGAAGAGGAAAGCCAAGAUCUUUGGAAGCCUUGAAAGAGGCCUGGAUAAGGUGAUCACAAUGCUGACUCCAGGCAAGAAGAGGAGGUACACCAGGGAUGGCCCAAGGAAACUCAAGGCACACUACAACGUCACCACCACUCAGCUCUUCAACCCAGACCAAGUCUUGAGUGACAUCAUGGCUGUGCUGACCCAGAAGCACGUGGAGUAUGUCCUCAGUGGGUACAGCCUGUGCUGCCAGUGGGAGCAGGGCAUGGUGUCGCUGGCCUUCGAGCUGGAGGUGUGCCAGCUGGGCGCCGCCGGCGCCCUGGGCGUCCGCCGCCGCCGCCUGAGGGGGGACGCCUGGCUCUACAAGAGGUUGGUGGAAGACAUCCUCUCCAGCUGCCAGCUCUGA